AAAAGAAAUCGGGAGAAAUUUUGGAGCAAAAGAAAAUGGAGAAAGGCGAGGGCGGCGAUCGCGACGGUUCGUUAGAAGCGGAGCAGCAGGAACCGAACUCUGAUGAAACUUACCUCACCACUCACCACCUCGCUGCUCCGCCGUCCGGCCUGUCUGAGGACGAGUUUGACGAGUUGAAGGACUUCGUAGCGGAGUUCCACAUCUACAAACUCAGCAGCGGUCGCUGCUCCUCCUUGCUAGGGCAGCGGAUACAGGCACCGCCGGAGGUCGUCUGGUCUGUUGUACGGCAAUUCGACAAGCCGCAGAGUUACAAGCACUUCAUCAAGAGCUGUACGGUGAGCGAAGGAUUCACAUUGGAGAUAGGUUGCACAAGAGAGGUGAAUGUAAUUUCAGGCCUACCGGCGGAUACGAGCACGGAGAGGCUUGAUAUUCAUGACGACGAGCGUCGAGUCAUCGGAUUCAGCAUCAUCGGCGGCGAACACCGCCUCAGAAAUUACCGAUCGGUGACUUCGGUGCAUCAAUUGGAACGGGAUGGUCAGAUAUGGAGCGUGGUUCUGGAAUCGUACGCAGUGGAUGUUCCGCCGGGGAAUACGGAGGAGGAUACUCGUCUGUUCGCCGAUACGGUUGUGAAACUGAAUCUGCAGAAAUUAGCGUCCGUCACUGGAGAGAUGAAUCGAGGAGACAGAGACAAGGCAAGUGAUCAAAGUCAAUAAUGGCGUAGGAUGUGGAGUGCAUUUCGGUAAUGCCAGUGUACAGAACUGCUGAAACGGUGUCGUUUUAGUUCAACUCUCUCUCUUCAACGUAUUGGAUGAGAAUUUGAUUUUAUAUGGAAUUACGUGA